GUGUUUUAAAUGGGGUGUGGUUUAUCAGGGUUUGUGGUAUGGUUUAUUAUUGAUUUACUGAUUAUGUGGGUGUUCUGUGCAAAGAGAUAUUAAUAUAUACAUAUAUAUUGCGCUUCAUACAAAACAGAUAAAUUGAUGUUAAAUGUGGAGGAUGUUUAUUUUUUACCCAAAUACAAUUAGUUGGACAUCUGUAUUUUAUUCUAUACAUUUAUAUAUAUUAUGUUAUAUUAUAUAAUUUAUAUUUUAUUUCAUCUAUAUUUUAUAAGGAAUUUGUUUAUUAUUUAGUCGGUUUUCCUUAAAAUAGAUUAUUAAACCGAUAUUUUGAAACAAUCGUAUUUUAACAAAUUAUUAUGCCUUACAACGUAUUGUGCCUUAACUUUUGUUUUAUCGCGUAUAGUUAUUUUAACUUCGAUAAAUCUCUUUGCAUACGGUACAAUUCCUAUUAUCGAAAGGAGGUUAAAAAAUGGAUCAGAAAUAUCAGAGAGUGGAGAUGGGGGUGGGUGCGUUUCAUCACCCACCGAGAGCAAAAUACAGCGAGGAGACGAAGAAUUUGAUCAAACUUCUAAUGGAAGAAUCCAAAGUGAGUAUGAUGAAAAGAAAAUCUAUUCAAGAAGCGAUUAACAAAGGUGAAUCCUUGCCAGCUGCUGUGGAAAGAUCGGAAACAGGAUCGAAUAAGCAUAAUUUAGGAUAUCAGGUUUUAAUGCCUACCGUUUGGAAAAAACGAUCGCAAGAUACGAUUAUUAAAAGCGGCGCGUAUGAGAGGGAACAAUAUAGAAGAACGUCUCCUUUACGUAAUACAGAAAAGCAAAAGCGUCAUUUAGCAUGCAUGAUGGCGUAUGGAAAGGACAUGCCAGAAACUCCUCGUGGUCCAAGGAUUCUUCAUAAAGCGAGACGAGAACCACACUUUCCUGAUACCAGUGAUCCCAUCGAUGAUUUGGUUCGUGGAAUUCAAGAAAGAAUGGAGUUUUUAAGCGACAUGGAAUGUCUUGGAAUGGGGAAAAAAUAUCGUCUUACAAUACAACAAGAAAUAGCGCAUAAAUUACGAUUGAUCGAAUCUGUAGACAAGCAGAGAUCGAAGGAAAUUCGAAAAGAGAUCAGAGAACUUGAAAGACCAUUGCCAAAACCAUUUCCUUUAGGACAGCUAGAUGACAAUUAAUAAUUUUUAUAAUUCACGGCCUUUUAUACUUAACCAAUUUAUAUUUUUUAUAAAGUUUACAGAACAUAUAUUAUACAGUAUUUUAGAUAAACCAAGCGAUAGGUAUAAUAAAAUAACAAAACGUCAAUAUAUACAAUAUAUUAUUCUACUUAUAUAAAACUGUCAGAGGACAAGCAAUUCGUAUAACUAGAAUUCACAUUUUUUGUUCAUAUAAUGGACAGUAUGUUCAUAUAAUUAGACACUAACUAAAAUUUCACUUAAAUAAAUGGAGUUUUACGAUGUUUUUACACAAGUUUUUCAUAUUUCGAUAAUUUACAAUUUCAAUUGAUACGUAUAUACGUACAUAUUCGAUACACAGAAUAUUUAUAUACGACGAUGUAAUAAUAAUGGCAUAAUAAAUACAAUUU